ACGUCACCUCCACCCCUCAGUGCCCACCAAGAACAACUCUGAGUCUUCUGGCGCUCUCUGCAGACUCCCCCUUCUACCCACAAUCCUCCUGUGCUUCACCACUUACUCACCUUCCUGUUUCCUAGCAUCCCUUUCCACAGUCCCCGGUCCUCAGGAGCCCUUCCUCUUUGUCCACUGCCCCGCCCCAAGACACCUCAUUUUUCUACCCCCCCCCCAUUGGUGACUUUACAUAGUUCUCUAUUUCCUGCUGGGGUGCUAGCGGAUGCCAGCACUCCAAGUUGCGUCUUUCCUACUUUGGAUCAUUUUUCAAUACUCUAUUUCCUGAGCCUUCUAGAACGUUCCAUCCCGUUGGUAUUUCAUUAUGUCCAUGUUUAUUUCCUAAGACCUCAGUAAGCACCACACCUUUGCUGUCUUCAUCUCCUCCAUGAACACUGCCUUCACCCAUUUUUUCUGGUGCCCCCCCAUCUUUCUAUUCAGACAUUGAAGCUCAUCCUCUCAAGUUCUCCUUUUGCUUAGCUGGCCACAAAGUAAACUGGGGCCUCAGUCCUCCUGAACUGUCUCCUAUGAUGCUCCCCUGAGCCUCCAAAAAAGGGGCUCAGGGGGGCCCCAUGGCCUCCCGCCCCCCGUGGCCCUGUAGCCCCAGCGGGCCAGGGGAAGCACCUGGAAAGAUCCAGCGCCCAGGAUGGGCAACCGCACGUUGGAGGGUUGCCACGUGGACUCUCGAGUGGACCACCUCUUCCCACCAUCCCUCUACAUCUUUGUCAUCGGGGUGGGGCUGCCCACCAACUGCCUGGCCCUCUGGGCGGCCUACCGCCAGGUGCGCCAGCGCAACGAGCUGGGCGUCUAUCUGAUGAAUCUGAGCAUCGCCGACCUGCUGUACAUCUGCACCCUGCCGCUGUGGGUCGACUACUUCCUGCACCACGACAAUUGGAUCCACGGCCCGGGCUCCUGUAAGCUCUUCGGUUUCAUCUUCUACAGCAAUAUCUACAUCAGCAUCGCCUUCCUGUGCUGCAUCUCCGUGGACCGCUACCUAGCAGUGGCCCAUCCGCUGCGCUUCGCGCGCCUGCGCCGGGUCAAGACAGCCGUGGCUGUGAGCUCCGUGGUCUGGGCCACCGAGCUGGGUGCUAACUCCGCACCGCUCUUCCACGACGAGCUCUUUCGAGAUCGCUACAACCACACCUUCUGCUUUGAGAGGUUCCCCAUGGAGAAAUGGGUGGCCUGGAUGAAUCUGUACCGCGUCUUCGUGGGCUUCCUCUUCCCCUGGGCACUCAUGCUGCUGUGCUACCGCGGCAUCCUGCGGGCCGUGCAGAGCAGCGUGUCCACCGAGCGCCAGGAGAAAGUCAAGAUCAAGCGUCUGGCCCUGAGCCUUAUCGCCAUUGUACUGGUGUGCUUUGCGCCCUACCACGCUCUCCUGCUGUCUCGCAGCGCCGUCCUCCUGGGCCGGCCCGGGGACUGUGGCUUCGAGGAGCGAGUCUUCUCCGCCUACCACAGCUCCCUGGCCUUCACCAGCCUCAACUGUGUGGCUGACCCCAUUCUCUACUGCCUGGUCAACGAGGGAGCCCGCAGUGACGUCACCAAGGCCCUGCACAACCUCCUCCGCUUCCUGACCAGUGACAAGCCCCAGGAGAUGGCCAACGCCUCGCUCACCCUGGAGACACCCUUGACCUCCAAGAGGAGCACCACGGGCAAGUCCUCCGGGGCUGUCUGGGCAGUGCCACCGACCACCCAGGGGGACCAGGUGCCCCUGAAGGUGCUGCUGCCGCCAGCACAGUGAGCCCCAUGCUCAACUCUCAUGGCUUCCCCCACGCCCUCGUGUAUGCAAAUGAUGUAAAUAUGUCCUUGUGGAUAUUCCUAAGAAUACAAGGGGGAAAUGAGGUUUUUGUGUCUCUCGGCCAUCAUCUUCCACUGCGAUCCCCAGUGAUUCAUUUUAACUGGCAGGGCCUUAAGGGGAAUGACACAGCCAGGGAUUUGUCAUCACGGGCUCCCAGAUGGGGAGUCAGCCAUGGAGCGUGUAGGAUGAGGUGAUAAUUAACUGCUUAAUUUCUAAGAGAUAAAGACAGAAAAGCCUGGUCUAAUGGUACAAGCUUGUGAUUCCAGCUGUUUGGGAGGCUGAGGAGUGAGGGUUUGAAAGUUCAAGACCUACUUGGGCCACAAAGUAAGACCCUGACUCAAAAUACUAAGUGCAAGAAAGCCUAGGGAUGUAUCUAGCAGUAGCUCUCGAAAAGAGGGGGCGUGGCUCAGUGGUA